AUGAAUGUUCUACAUUUUUUUAAGAGUAUUAAAAGACUUGAAAUAGAAUUCCCUGAUUUACCAUCAUAUAAGAGAUAUGAUGAUAUGAAUAAAGAAGAAAAUUUAAUUGAUAUAAAUGGGGAAUGUGAUAAAUUAGGAUUAAAUGACAAUGAUGUUAUAACAUUCUGUAAACGAAUUGUCACGUUUUUAACAGAGGCGUCUAGGAUCCCCUGGGAUAAACGAAAAAAUUAUUGUUAUUACUUUCAACAUUGGUUUUUUGAUAAUAUAGGAAAAUAUUAUAGUGCAGAGAAUAAAAUAAAUAAGGAACAAGUUGUCAAUAAACUUUUUGAUAUGGUGUCAUCUCUUAUUUCAAAAUAUUCAAUUGAUUCAUCUUGCAGAUGCGCUCAUUCUGGAACUCCGUUAGUCUGGAAAGAAGAGAAGGAUUUACACGAUUAUCAUGUAAAUUUUAAUUACAUUACUUGUAAUAAAGAAAAUGAAAACAAAUGUGAAAAAUAUGUGGAAUAUGUCACCUAUAUUAACAGCAUAUAUGAAGAGAAAGAAGAAUUUUGUUGCGGUGAAUUUGAACUAGGUUUUUGUGAUGCUUAUAUUAAGUGUGAUUAUGAUUUUAACCCAAAUGAAUUAUUACAUAAAUUAAAAGAAGAAUUGCAAGUAAUAAAGAAAGCUAAGAAUAAAGUAAGCAAUGGUACAAGUACAGAUUCUCACGAUCCCAUUGUUAACUCUUUUCCACAAGAGAGAACCUCACAAAAAUUUUUAGAAAUCACCUCAGAUAAUCAUGAGGAAUCUCUUAGUAGGUCAAGUGAAGCUAUUACUGUUAUUCCUGAUAUUUCAGAAACUACAAAUAAAUUAAUAAAAUCAGACAAUUUCCCUCGCUUAGUCGUAGUUUCUUCAAUAAUGGGAACUAUUAUUUUCCUUUUCUAUUAUUAUAAAUCUAUUACAAUUAGAUCACAGAUGCAUAAAAGGGACAUAAAGAAAAAAAAAAUUAGCAAACAUAAUCAUGGUAACUUUGUAAAUGAAUUAUUAGAGCAUGAAUUAGAAUCUCUACUUGAAUGUCCUCAAGCGAGGAGAUCAUAUAUAUCCUAUCAUACUGGACGUGUUCCUUUUCAUUAA